UCAAGAGCGAGAGAAGAAGCGAUAUGCGGCUGGGCAGGCAGUUGGUUUUGCAGUUCCUCUUCUGGAAUUAGUGCAUGAAUGGGAAGGGAGCGGCUGUAGCCUCGAACCAGGGAAAAAGAGAGUACUGUUUAAAGCUGGCGGCGGCACAUAAUGGAUACUUACCUACCCCUAAAGGUGAAAGAGUGAACGAAUGAGGUGCAGGACACAAACACACACGUCGCCUUGCAACGUUCAUCCGUGGGAGGAAGAGAACAACUUUGGAUUGUUUGUUGCCCCCGGGAGGAAUUCAAGGUCAACUAACAGACCCAACAAAUGUGAUCGAGAACUAAGUCGAAGAGGUGAAUCAUCAUGAAUCAAUAUGUGUUUGGAUACCUGACCUGACCGCACAACAGAUCCUCUUACUGCUGAUUCUUCAUCUUUCACUUUUGAUGUGAAUGUGUGGCCUUGAGAUAUUUCCAAGGGACCAUAUGGCACAAUACCAUACAAUAUAGGUUCUCUUUGUAUGAACUAUCAUGGACAAAGUGGUGAUCAGUCUCCUGUUUCUGGGAACCGCAGUUACAAUGGUCCAUGCAUGUCCCAAAUACUGUGUCUGCCAGAACUUGUCAGAGUCCUUGGGGACUCUGUGCCCCUCCAAAGGACUGCUCUUUGUGCCACCAGACAUCGACCGGCGAACUGUGGAGCUCCGGCUGGGUGGCAACUUCAUCCUCAAGAUCUCCACUCUGGACUUUGCCAACAUGACAGGUCUGGUAGAUCUCACUUUGUCUCGGAACACCAUCAGCGCCAUCCAGCCUUUCUCUUUCAUUGACCUGGAGACAUUAAGAUCCCUACAUCUGGACAGUAACCGGUUGACUGAACUGGGACCAGAUGACUUGCGAGGACUGGUUAACCUGCAGCACCUGAUCCUCAACAACAAUCAGCUGAACCGUAUCUCUAAAGUAGCCUUUGAUGACUUGUUACUGACACUGGAGGAUCUUGAUCUGUCAUAUAACAACUUGCGCACUGUGCCUUGGGAAGCCAUCCGUAAGAUGGUCAACCUCCAUCAAAUGAGUCUGGACCAUAACCUCAUCUCCUUCAUUGCUGAGGGGACCUUUACAGAUCUCGACAAACUGGCACGCUUGGACCUCACCUCUAAUCGUCUUCAAAAGCUCCCUCCGGACCCUAUUUUUGCACGCUCCCAAAGCAAUGUGGUGAUGAGCACUCCCUAUGCACCUCCGCUCUCACUAAGCUUUGGUGGAAACCCUUUGCACUGCAAUUGUGAAGUGCUUUGGCUUCGAAGACUAGAACGUGAGGAUGAUAUGGAAACCUGCGCUUCUCCUGCCAGUCUAAAGGGACGUUACUUUUGGUCUGUUCGUGAGGAGGAAUUUGUGUGUGAGCCCCCUCUGAUCACACAACAUACACACAAAUUGCUAGUGCUCGAGGGACAGACAGCUAGCUUGCGCUGCAAAGCUGUUGGUGAUCCAAUGCCAACUGUGCAUUGGGUUGCUCCCGAUGACCGUCUGAUCAGCAACUCCUCCCGAGCGACUGUAUAUGAAAAUGGCACUCUGGAUAUAACAGUCACCACAUCUAAGGACUACGGUACAUUCACCUGCAUAGCUGCCAAUGCUGCAGGGGAAUCUACAGCAUCCAUUGAACUAUCCAUCAUUCAACUCCCCCAUCUGAGUAAUGGUACAAACCGUACCACACAGUCCAAAUCAGGCCUUUCAGAUAUAACAAGCUCUACUAAGAUCAGUAAAGGGGAGCCUAAAGCUCUUCCAGAGAAGGUGGUGUCUGUAUCAGAAGUGACUGCUGUCUCUGCUCUGGUCAAGUGGAGUGUUAGCAAAGCAACUCCAAAGGUCAAAAUGUAUCAGCUUCAGUACAAUUGUUCUGAAGAUGAAGUCCUCAUUUACAGAAUGAUUCCCAUGACUAACAGAGCCUUUGUGCUCACUAAUUUGGUCCCAGGGAUGCAGUAUGAUCUGUGUGUCUUGGCCAUCUGGGAUGACACUGCCACCACUCUCACUGCUACCAACAUUGUUGGCUGUGUCCAAUUUGUCACCACUGAGGAUUAUCCACAGUGUCAGUCUAUUCACAGUGGCUUCCUGGGUGGCACUAUGAUCCUGGUGAUCGGUGGUAUCAUCGUGGCUACACUCCUGGUUUUCAUUAUCAUCCUCAUGGUUCGCUAUAAAGUGACGAGUGGGAUCCAGACUAAUAAAUUACCCAGUGUGAGUAACACGUACUCACAGACAAAUGGAGGAAUGAACAGGUUCAACGGAGCCCCACCACAGGUCAAGUCCACAGUGGUGGUCAUGCGUGAGGAGAUGGUAGAGUUCAAGUGUGGAUCGCUCCAGAGCAGCCUCUCUUCAUCGUCCUCUUCUUCUAACUCAUUGGACAGCCAAGCAGCAAGAGGGGCUGGUGACCGCUACAGCAUGCAGAGCAGUGAGUGCAGCACCCUGCCCAGCAACAAGUUCAGGAGACACGGCCCCAAAACACGCCAAAACUUGGACCACCUUUUAGGGGCUUUCACCUCACUGGAGCUGCGAGGGGCGGGGAGAGACAACACAGGGGCUUCUGGCCCCUCCACCACUUCCAAUGCUAUGACAGUGGCUGUGGCGCCACCAUCUGAUAAAGAACCAUUGCUAGGGAGGGCUGAGUCCACAACCAUGCUGGGACGCAUCCUAGGGCUCCCUCAGGAGGGUAAGCCAAAGAGGAGCCAUUCGUUUGACAUGGGUCAUGUAGGGGCCACACAGAGUCGCAGCAGCUACCCACGCAGGAUCAGUAAUAUCUGGACUAAGCGCAGUCUGUCUGUUAAUGGCAUGCUGCUGCAGUAUGAUGACAGUGAAGAUGAGAAGCCCACUUUUGAGAGCUCCGAGUGGGUAAUGGAGAGCACGGUCUGAGUACAGACUACAUAUGUGAUUCAUGGCCAACCAAUAAAUCAUUGUGAGAAUAUAAAGAAACAUGGGUGUAGAGUGAGGGAUGUUCCAAAGGGAAACUAUCUUCUGCAUGAAGCUCACCCAAGUGAAUAUAAUAAGACACUCAAAUCAACAGAUUCCUGGCCAUGAUCUCAAUUCUCUGACAGUGUCAAACUGUAUUUGAAAAAUGAUCUCAUUUUAAAACAUGGAAUAAUUCCCACUCCACAGGGUAUGUGAGAUUAUCCCUGAGGGGAGAGAAAAGGGGGGAAGAAAGAUGACAAAUUCAAAGUGGAUUUAUUAUGUCUUUAUUAAAACUACUGAAUGCCAAGAGGAUAUGCCUCAAUUGUGGUGAACUGGAUCACAAUGUCAUGGACCCUCAGCAUGAAAUGGGACUACUGCAACAGUAGAAGGACCAGAGGAGCUAGAAGAAAAUUAAAACAAAGUCAUUUUUAUUUUCAUUCAUUUUUUUCUAUCAUUUUUACUAUUUAUUAUUUGAGGUAAUUCAUCAGCAGACGCACAUCUCAGUACUGAGGUUGUAGCUGUCAGUGACGAUCAGAUACACUCUUUCUCUCUCACACACACAUAUGCAGAUGCUACCAUGUCUCAUACAGCCGUUUCAAAUACUUUCAAGCAAAUUUCAGUCAAUCGCAAAUUGACAACAUGAUUAAUUUUAAGUAACAGUAUGGUCCUAUGUUCUAGAUAUCAGUAACACUGAACCACAACAAGCCAGUCUUGUAUUUGUACCUCAGGUUAUGUAUUGUAUGAUGUUAUUUGAAAGCAAGUACACAGGAAUACAACAAAUGUCUAAGAUGGAUUACAAAUGGCUCCAAACACAAAGUUCUUUGCUUGUUUGCAAAGCUUUCAAAGAACUACGUGUCUCCAUUCAGUCAAAAUCUGUAUUUUUCCAGCUCAGGUUGAAAAUCCUGUUCUAACAAAAUGUCAUUUUGAGUGCUUUGAUACUUUCCCCAUAGGUUAGUCCUGGUGACAAUGGUCCCUGUAGGCAAAAGGGCCAUUGAUGUAAACAGAGUGCUCGCCUCAGGGUACUAUUUCAGAUGUUAUCAAGAUAUAUUACAGUCAUUGGAUGUGGAUGGUGUUUGAAAUCCAUCAAGCCCACUUAAUCAUUUGCCCAAAGCUGCCAACACCAGGAUGUAUCAUCAGGCUGUUAUUCUCAUGAGGUAUAAUAAACAAGAGAGUAUGGCAAUUACUCAUUUAGCCAGGUUAAAUGGAGGGAUUUGUCAUUUGAUAAAGGUCAUUGUGCUGCUUAGAAGAGAGCAAGAAAGGGGAAAGAUAAGUCAUUAAGGGCCAAACAUUUCACCAAAUUGCAUGAUACAAAACCUUUGUUGGUUUAUGUAUUAUUUCAAUUGAUCCAUCAAAGAAACCAUUUGUCUUUCAUUCUCGUUCAUACGGGGCUGUACAUUGCAGUAAGAUACUUUGAAUUAGACACUACUCAAGACUACUGCUGAUCAAAACUGCAACAGCUCUACAUUUUAAUGCCUUUCUCAAUAUUCUGUGGAGCUCUGCUGCAUUUCAGCAUGUGGGGUGGUCAUCCGUUUUUGUUUCUUCCCUGCAGUAGGUGUACCGUUCUGUAUAUUGGCAUCAUUUUUGUACAAUAACUGGGUGAGAAUGUAAAUGGGGAUGGGGGGAAGGGGCAAUCGUGCAGUAGUAAUUUUAUUUUUAUGUGAAGCAAACAGUGAGAAGGUGCUUUACUGUGAUGUACCAACUUGGUCAUUGUUAGUUGGCUUACUGAAAUGGGGUUUUAUGUGGUACUGCAAGGGGGAAGUGGAGGACUGGCUAUUCUUGAAGGGUCAAGCCACUCAAAUGACUAAAAUACAUAUUUUCUCAAGUGGUAUUCCUGCAUGUAGACAAUAUUGGUUUUAUUUGCCCAGAGUCCGAGAGAGCUAACUGCAAAAUUUCUGCCUCUUCUAAAAUACAACAGUAUUGGAACAUGAAGACUAAUAUGCACUGCUUAUCUCUGGUAUCUGUCUGUAUUUCUAGAUCUAUUAGAUGUUUUUAGGUAUUAUUACCAAAUCACAUGAAAAUUGCCAGUAACAUCCUGUUUACCCAAAGCUUGAUUCAAAGUAUCCAUGCCAUAGAGCUCCAUUUAUAUCCAUACCAGCCAGUGAGUCACACUGCUGCACUGACAUGCUCCUACAGUGCGAUUAACUCCAUAUGACAUAUGUCAAAGUGAGCUAUAAAAUCAUGUGCUUGUAAGUUUUGAAGAUGAGUUAUAAAUUUAAAAAGCACAAAAAUUCUCCAAUAAUUUAAAUGUCUAAAAUGAUUUUAAAAAUUCACUUUUUUUUUUCUUGGUGUACAUCAGAGAAAUACAGACAAAACCCACAUUUGUGUGCACGUUAAUGACUAAUUACAUAAGUCAUUUGCUCAAGGCAAUUGCAGCAGGCUUAUUGGACAAAGCUUGAAUGGCUUCAAAUGGAUGAACAGACAAGACUUUUUUCUUUUCUUCAGAUGGAGCUUUGCUCCUGAAUUUCUGUAUUGACCAAUUUUGAAUGAAGUGACAGCUUGCCAGCUUCCACAGUUAGCAAAUAAGAGAGGGAGUCCAUAGAGAAGACAAAUCAAUGUGUAGGUGUGUUUACAUUUAAUGUUCAUCUUGGUAAUUGCGAGUUCAUGUUUGAACUAGUGUUUGUGUUACAUUAUUUCAUAUUAUUUUGUUCGCCUGUAGCCGGAUAUAUAUUUUUCAUAAUUAGUUACAUCACCACAGAUUGUUGAACAAUGGCAGCCUACAUGUACUGGUUUAUGAAACAUAAUAUUCUUUGUGUCAUUGGAGCAAAGGUUAGGUGUAAACAUACCUGUGUAUUGAUAAUUUUGUGUCUUCUUUGUUCUCUUCUUCUUCUCUCAUUCAUUAACUGUGAGCGUGGUCACUGAUCAGUAGAGACUUGUCAUAUUUCACCUUAACGUCUCUC